AACAAAAACAAAAACAGAAAAACCCCCACAGCACAACUGUACCACCACCACUCCUCCCGAGGCAAGAACACCCCCACCCUGCUCUUCAGCACCCACUCUGAUGGUAGGCUUCGAGCAGGCUGACAGUCUCUGCAGCCAUCCAGCUGAGUCACUGGGCCUCGGACAUGCCAAGCACUAGAUCUCCCCUGCCAUUUCCCUAAAGCAGAGGGGCAACACCUGUGCCACCCACGUGUGCAAGCUUGGAUCCUGGCCCUCUGCCUCUUUUUCAUUCCUAGUGCAAAAACCACCCCAGAAAAGCAAGAGCUGCCAAGGCCAACAGCCUUGCGCACUGGAGAGCCGUCUUGACCAAUCCCUGGAGGGAGCUCCAUGCAAGCUACCAGGGUAAAUGCAUAACGAGACCCAAGGCUGCCUGGGCCAACUGCUCUCGGUAGAUAAAGGGGCAGAGCCCAGGAGGGCAAGUGACACCUGAGGUCACAGUGUAAAACAGAGACAGAGACAAGACCCCUGUCAUUGACUUGAAGUGACCGAUCUGUGCCUGCCCAAGGGUCCCAUGUCCAAGCAGCCACCCUCACUCCCCUGAGCACCCACCCUCGUGGUCAAAGCUCACAGCUAUGGGGCCGUGGGUCAGGGUUUGGAACAAAGCUAAAUGGCACAUGGGGUCAGCUGGCAGCUUUCCUAUCACACGCUGAUCAGUGAGCCAGGAGGCCAGGCCAGAAGCGCCCUGUGAUAUCUUCGGGGCUCCCGCUCACCAGAUCCUUCUACAAGACCCAAGAGGUGCCCAUCUCAUUCUAGAACACUCCAGGCAGGGCAGGGGCCCUCCCCACCCCCAUCAAGAGAGGUCUGUCAGGGAGCACAGCUCCUGGUGUGAAGACAAGCCUGCGGCUCCUCAUCUCACCCACAAGUCCAGGUUCUACCCGCUGAAAGCACACGAGCAAGCUCUCCUCCCUUCUCCCAGCUUUUCAAUGUGACAGCUGCUCUCAGUCACCUCUGAAUCAUCUGGGGGGUGUCAUGUAACCCAAUCCUUGGGCCCCUCAUCCUGGAAAUGCUGGCUCUCAACUGGGAGGGGAAGAUGGCGAAAGGACCCUGCCCUAGAUGAACACCACUCUAGCUCUCCUCUCCUAAGCAAGGCUGUGCCCUGGCCUCUCCGUGUUUCAUCAGCUCCCCCAUUCACUUCAUGUUCCGCCAGCUCCAUCCCUUGCUCACUUCAUGUUCUGCCAGAUCCAUCCCUUGUUGCCACUGUCCCAUCACCACCUAGAGACUGGUGCCCAUGCAGUGAGGUGGCUGGUCAAGUUCAACGAGCUGCCUUCCUCUUUGUUACACCUGUCACAUUCGAGCAUUUCCUCUCACACGACGUGCUGAGAGGCACAGAAGACACCGCUCUUGUGCUCAUACUCCCAAUGGGGUAGGAAGGCUGCGUGCCCCCCUCCCACGAUGAGACAAACACCCUAGAAGAACUCUGACCCAAGCCCGGCCCUCGGGAGCACACAGCAGGGUGACUGCUGGAAAGGGCAGGGCAGGAGUGGAAAGGGCUUCUCAGAAGAGGUGACAUUUCAGCUGGGCCUUGAAGGGUGAACAGGAUUUCCCGACAAAUGAAACUAGUAGGGCCAAUCAGGAAGUGACUGCAAGAGUCUAGUAAGAGGAGAGGAGGGCUUGGUGUGGAAGGGGACAGAUCUGAUGCCUGCCCGACACAAUGACCAAUUAGAUACAGGGACAGAGAAGAAGGGAGGCGUUUCAAAGGUGAUGGGCCCCAAGAGACAGGUGGCAGAAUGGCCUCUAUGAAGGUUUGCACUCCCGCCCAACUCCGCCACCAGCUGGGGGGGCGACCCUGGACCUGUCACUUCCCCUCUUGGACCCCAAUUUCCUCAUCUGCAGAAACAAGGAAGUAGUUCCACUAGAUGUUUUCCAAGGCUCCCUCCAGCUCCAAGAGCCUAUGGACAUUACAGAGCCACCGUGGCCAAAGCUCUUGCUUCCCCCUCUACCCCCCAAUACCUGGCAGCACUCUGAAUCCUUUGGCUUGCCACGUGGAACUAAAAUUCCCUAAGGACAAGGAUAGUAGCUACCCUAAGACCUCUCAAAGCACGCACCCCCUCAAGCUUUCUUAUCCUAGCCCGGGACCCCUUCCAGAUCAGCUCUCUCCAAAGGUGGAAGGCUUUUUGAGGACUGAUCCCACAGAAGUGCAAGGGGCACAGGCAUGACAAUAUGCCCUGACCUCAUCCCAAAUACAACAAAAGGAGACAAGACAAAGGUGAUGAGGCUGGGCUGGCGGGAGGGGGCAACUCCCACCGAUUCUGCUGAUUCCUGUCAGCAGAAACCUCGGUGAGGAAGAGGGCGUCGGGUCUGCCAGCUGCUCUCUCGAGAAGUCUGAGGAAUUGCUGAUGACAGUUUCCAAACUGCUACCCUGGAGGAUCCCAGAGCUUCAUUUUAAGCAGCCCUUUGGAAGGCAGGCUACCCUCUAAUGCACAACCUGUCUGCAGACUGGUAAUGAAUUCAUGCCAAAGUGGUCAAUUCAUUUUAAUAAACAAAUGAAUAUGCAGAGGCCCCAGGAAGCCAAGGCAGCAGUGGUGGUGGACUUUGGAGCCGAUUGUAAUUAGGCCCCUGCCCUACUUUCUAAAAUUGCGUUUCCCUGCCAGGGAGCCUGCUCCAGGCCUUAUGAGAAGAAAGUCGGUCCAAAGAGUGGAGAAGGUGCUGCUCAUGGUGACGGUGCCUCUAUAAACAGCCCCACCACUGGAGAAGCCUUAGCUUACUGAGCUAAUUCCUGCUACUGCAGCUGCCUGGGCUGGCACGGGGCACCACCAACCACCAAGCGCCCCCGCCCAGGGGGUGCUGAGAAAGGCCCUGCUCCCUGGAGGCAACAGGUGCUGAGAGACCUGGAACGAAAAAGGGCCACCGGCAACCCCCCAGCCUUUCAAAGUCAACGUGGCAGCUCCAACUUCCCAUCCCCAGAGCAUCGAGGCCCUGGAGCUCAGUCAAAGGACAGCAGCCUCUCACCGCCCAGGACACAAAGCCCACCCAGCAAGGGCUUGUCUGCAGGACCACCACCGAGGCCAGGGGAUCACCAGAGCCCCCAGAAGAGAACGGCCGCGGAGCAAGGGGAAAAAGGCAGAACGUUCCUCCGCUGGCGCCAGCCAAUCAGCAGGACUCCUGCCUUCCUUCGGGGCAAGGUCGCAGCAUCUGCCUCGGAAAUCACGGGGCUGCUUCCUGCUGGCUCAGCUUGGAGGCCCAGCGUGUUCUGCAGAGGCUGCGUAGUGAAGGCUGCUCUCUGAAGCUCCUGCCCCAGGUCAGGCCACCAGUUCCACAUGAAUCCAGAGUGGGGGCAGGCCUUCAUGCACGUGGCCGUGGCCGGCGGCCUCUGUGCUGUGGCCGUGUUCACAGGCAUUUUUGACAGCGUCUCCGUGCAAGUGGGCUAUGAGGACUACGCCGAGGCGCCGGUGGCUGGUCUCCCUGCCUUCCUGGCCAUGCCGUUCAACUCACUGGUGAAUGUGGCCUACACGCUACUAGGGCUAUUCUGGCUGCACAGGGGCGGUGCGGUGGGGCCGGGUCCCCGCUACCUGAAGGAUGUGUUCGCAGCCAUGGCCCUGCUCUACGGCCCCGUGCAGUGGCUGCGCCUGUGGACGCAGUGGCGCCGCACCGCCGUGCUGGACCAGUGGCUCACCCUGCCCAUCUUUGCGUGGCCUGUCGCAUGGUGCCUCUACCUAGACCACGGCUGGCGGCCCUGGCUGUUCCUCUCCCUUGAGUGCAUCUCCCUGGCCAGUUACGGCCUCGCUCUGCUGCAUCCCCGGGGCUUCGAGGUCGCACUGGGUGCUCACGUGGUGGCCGCUGUGGGGCAGGCGCUGCGCACCCACAGGCACUAUGGCAGCACCACCUCGGCCACCUACUUAGCUUUGGGGGUGCUCUCUUGCCUGGGCUUUGUGGUCCUCAAGCUGUGUGACCAUCAGCUCGCACGGUGGCAUCUCUUCCAGCGCCUCACAGGCCACUUCUGGUCCAAGGUCUGUGACGUGCUCCAGUUCCACUUUGCGUUUUUGUUUCUGACGCAUUUCAACACUCACCCAAGAUUCUGUCCCUCUGGCGGGAAGACGCAUUGAACUGUGGGAAGAACCUGCUGAAAACCGACGACCCCCAGCAUUGAAACAGACUCUGAGAUGGUGCCAGUGUUGGGCAUCCUACGUGUGAUGAUACGCACUGAUCACACAGCACUGCCCUUUCCUGAGAAGCUACAGGCUUUGGUGUGGAGGGAUGGAGUGCUGUGAUCUCGACAACUUACUUUCAAAGACAUAAAGCAAAGAUCUUGGCACAAGGGAUGUGGGUGUUCCUGAUGUAAUUCUCAUAACUUUCCUGUAGUUUGAAAUGUUUCCAAAUAAAUAUUGGCAAGGGGAGUGGAAAUGACACCAAGAAGCCCCUUGUGCUCGUGGUUGGACAGAGA